UUAUAGAGAUAGUUCCUAUUGCUAGUGGAGCCAUUCCAUUCCGAAUAGAAAUGAUCGAUUGAAAGAUAUUUAUCACAAUAGAAAACUAUCGCCUACUAAUUUCUUGUACAUCGAAUAACUACAGUUUUUCAAACAAUGGAAGGAAUUAAAUGUCGGGCAUGUUUAUUAGAAAAAGAUCUGGCAGAUCUUUGUGAUUGGUAUUUAACAAUGGAAAUAGGUGAUGCUUUGACAUAUCUGGAAUGUUUUGAAAUGUGUACUCAAUUGGAUAUAAAAAGUACAAAUGCUAAUUCACCUUAUGUUAAGGAUAUGCAUUACUUGUGCCAGGACUGUAUUCAAGAGUUGAUUAUUUCUUACCAAUUUAUAAGAAAGGCACUAAAAUCUGCUCAUGAAUUAUGUUUUCUAUCAAAAAAUAAAGAUAAUUUAUCGAAUAUGAGAAGAAAUGCAUUUGAAUAUGUAUAUAUACAGGAGGCCCUUCUAAGCGACGAAUACAUAAGUAUAUCUCAAAAAAAUCAAGCUUCCGAUCUACCCAAUGAAACUUGUACACAAACAUAUAAGAAACAGGAUGCUAAAAUACAUCUAGCAAAAGGCAAAAAAGUAUCCCGAAAGGAAAAGAAAGGCAAACUUGAAGCAGAAAACAAGCAAUUUCCAUGCGAUCAUUGUAAAAAAUUAUUUCCGGCAAAUAAAUUACAACAACACAAGUCCCGGUAUCAUAGGCCAAAGAUCUUUCUUUGUGAUAUUUGCCCAAGUUCUUUUAGCAUUGCAAAUAACUUACGCCGACAUCAACGCACACAUGACUCGAAUCGUCAACGAAACUUUUCUUGUAGUGACUGUGGUCGUACAUUUUUUACAGAGGAUGUUUAUAGGACUCACCUAAAAAUACAUCAGACAUCACGUCGAGCGAAAUUCGCGUGCAAUCAAUGUGACAAAACAUUCAUGCAUAAGGGCAGUCUUACCUUACAUAUUCAAAAACACAUAGGCCCAAAAAAUGAGUGUAAUAUUUGUCAAAAACGUUAUGUUCGAAAAAUCGACUUAGAUGUUCAUAUGCGUAAUCAUUCCGGCGAUGUGCCAUAUAAAUGCUGCAAAUGCGAUAAGGCAUUUAUGACAACCAGCGCAUUGAGAAAACACGAAAUACUUCAUUCUGGUGUACGUUAUAAGUGUGAUAUCUGCAAUAAGGAGUAUUCUCAUCCCUCAAAACUAACUCGUCACAUCUUGUAUCAUACAGGCCUUCCUUUAAAAUGUGCAAUAUGUAACAAAGGAUUCGCUGAGCCAAAUAAGAUUCGAAGGCAUAUCCGCACUGUGCACAAAUUAGAAGACAUUUCUCGCGUAAAUGAACUUACCAUUAAAAAAAUGGAAUUCAUUCCUAACAUGUGCCGAGUUUGUUUAAGGGUGGAAGGUUCAGUACCACUCAUUAAUUGGAAUCAAUCUGUCCAUGUCGAGGAUUUGAACGAAAGUUUAUCGUAUUCUGAAUGUUUUCAGCAGUGCACUCAAUUGAAUUUAAAUUAUGAAAAUAGUGGAAAUGAACAUUCAAUGAGUAUAUACGAACAUUUUUGCAGUAGCUGUGCUGAUAAACUCAAAGACGCGUACUUAUUUAUUACAAAAGCUCGAGAAGCAGACAAAACUUUGCGUAUGAAUUACUGGAAAUCAGAUUCCGAUAAUAAUAAGUUUUUUGAAUGGGUUGGGGUUGGUAAAGAAUAUACAAAAGUUGAUCUCAAGAAAAGGGAGGAGGAGGACCAAAUCAGCUUGGGAAGCAAUACCUUUUUUGAUGAAAACACAAAUUCGCAAGGCUGUGUUCAAAAUGUACAUGAGGAAAACUUUCACGAAUCUGAAGUAUUAAAUUCAUCAAAGUCAAUUUUAUCCAGCAUAUCUAAACAUAUCCAUUCCAAGGAAAAUCGUAGGAAAAAAAACAUGACAAAAUCAGGAAUCGAGCAAAUGAAUGAUGUGGUUUGUGGAAUCAGCAAAAAGUCAAUGAUUCAAACACAGCUUUUACGCCAUUCCUGCAGCAGACGUGUAGAAUCCUUUCUCUGCAAAUCAUGUCCUCGCACCUUUAGACAUCGCAGUACCUUAACACAACAUGAACUUAUACAUGAAAACAACAGGGAGCGAAAGUUUGAUUGUGCAGUGUGCGGCAGAAAAUUUUAUACACAAAUGGCACGGAGAAAUCAUUUAAAAACACAUGAUCCCAGUCGGAAACCAAGAUUCCACUGUAGUGAUUGUGGUCAGUCUUUUUUGUUCAAGGGCAAUCUUUUAGUGCAUCAACAAAAACAUGCUGGUCAAACUAUUCAGUGUACAUAUUGCCAGAAACGCUAUGUACGUGCAGUAGAUCUGGAAGUCCACCUACGAAGUCACACAGGCGAUACACCGUUCAAGUGUGAUAAGUGCGAAAAGGCUUUUACGAAAAGGUCCACAUUACAAAAGCAUUUACAAUUACACGAGGGCAUCCAAUGGAAAUGUGAAGAUUGUGGAAAACAAUACUUAUAUGAAUGGACGCUUCAAAGGCAUCGUUUAGAACACACUGGUUUGCCGUUAAAAUGUUCUAUUUGUGGAAAGGAAUUUCCUGAAAUGUACAAAAUUCGGCGCCAUAUCAAGUGUGUUCACAAAAUAAACUUGUCUGAAUUGGAAAAUUUCGUCGUGAGAUUAAAGGAUAAAAAGAAACAUGAGAAUUUGUCACUUAAUUCUUUGGACGUAAAAAGAGAGGCUAAAGUUAUUUAGUAAUUAAUUUUUUAAUAUUUGCAAUUAUAUGUUGAAAAAAGCAUAA